GGAUGGUGGUCUGCCCCAAUCUCAGGCCAACCUGAACCGUCUCACGAAUCACUGGCUGGUCUGCAGGCUAAAAUCAUGAAUUGUUUCAAAGUUGAUGGCUGUGCUGGUCCUGUACUUUCUUCCGCGUCGUGGCGCGAAUGCUUCGACCGAAAAUACUUUUGACGAGAAAGAGUCUGUCAUGUCUGCUACUGAGAUAUGAAACAGUUUGUUCAAUCAGUGCUGCUUGAACGCAAUGAACAACAUUCUUAUCAUGGUACUACAAACAGUGCGUACACAAAUAAUC